AUGAAGCCGAAGCGGCGAGCGCCGCAGAGAGUGCAGCGGAAGCCCAGCACGGUGGCGAGCGUGGGCGGCGGCAGCUGCAUGCGCUUCUUGUUGCUCUUCCUCGCCGCCGCCGUCCUCUUCUGGGUCCUCUCCUCGCGCUCCGAAGCCAUCGCGUCGUCGCUGAACGCCCUCAGUCGACGCGCGAAAAUAGCCGGCGGCGGGGACAAACCCCUCGUUAGAGACCUCCUCGGUACUGGAGCCGCGGGGGCGACAUCUAUAGACGUAUUUGCGAGCGAUUCAUUGGCCAAUGAGGAACCGGUGCCGCAAAUAUCGCUAUCAGGAACGGACGGGCAGGGGGGGGAACCAGAUCUCGCGGGGACGCUGGAUUCGGAGGAUUUGGGAGCGGUGAGCGCGGCGCAGAACACGCAAGAAACCCCCAGCGAGCGAGGCAAGGCGGUGGCCGACGCGGUAGAAGAUACGACGAGGAAUGAGGCGGCGCGUAGAUCAGCAGACGAUGCACCGCUUGUCAAAUCUGCGGGUUUGCGGGGCGAUGGAUUGUCAACGGGAGAUAAGAAGUCAGAUGCGAUCAGCGAGAAGCCGCGACCUGCUGCUAAUGUGAUCGUCAGCGUGACGCAGCCCGCCGGUGUAACGAAACCCGCAACGAUGAAACGGAAAAAGCGACGAGUGAAAGCGCCUUUAGCGCGGUGGGCGCCGCUCAACGGCAAGUAUCCGGAUCUGACAAUAGCGAAGCCGAAGCGCAAAGUUCUAAAGGUUAACAUCGACAAGAAGAACCUGCAGCGGGUGUACUUAGACGCGACGCGGUUCCAGGAGAACAAUCCGAAGAAGGAAGAUCCACCUUUCGAGGCGAGUCGCGGUCCGGAGUGCCCGACGUUCGAGUACGGUUACGAGGGCUUCCCGGGCAUCGCGUCGUGCUGGCGAAGCCCGAUCGAAGACGUGUUACGUUCGCCAGCGUCGUUACCGGCGAAUUGUGCGAAUGCGACGGACGCCGGGUGCAUGCAGGAGGCCGACAAGCAGCCCCACGAACCGUGGUCCGCGCAGGGGAACGUGCUGCUGGUGGGUCAGGGUUUGGGGUUCAGCCAAGUGCUGUUGCUACCCAACAUGUAUGUGGACGUGACAGGGCAGGGUUUGAACCUUCCCACACACCUUCCCCUUCCUCUUCCAGCCGUUAUCCCUUUUCUCUUCCUCGUCACCCCCACCCACCAGUUGCUGCUGCUGCACAACGUGUACAUGAGCGUGGAGGGCCAGGAGUUCAACGCCACACAACCUCACUUGACCCCCCCUUCCCCUCCGCCGCCCUCCUCACCAGGUGCUGCUGCUGCACAAUGUGCACAUCAAGGUGGCAGGGCAGGUGUGCUGCUCUUGCACAACGUGCUCAUCAACGGGGUGGGCCACAUGUUCAACGCCACAAGUGCACCUAACCCGUAUUUCUUCCCCUCGCCCAUCUCUCCCUUUUCUCCCCGGCAUCCCCACCAGGUGCUGCUGCUGCACAACGUGUACAUCAACGUGGCGGGCCAGGUGUUCAACGCCACGCACCUCUUUGACCACAACGCCUGCGCCGCCGACUCACCCUUCCACUACACCCCCGGCAACACCCAAGUCUCCUCCUUCCCCUCCCUCAUCUCCCUCGUCGACUGGUUCGGGUGGUCCGCGCGAGCCUACAUGCUAGACCUGGUGCCGUCUAUAGUGACUCUCGACACAGUGCUGGCGCUGUUGAAGGGGGAGGGAGUGCCGGUGGCGCUGGGGUUGCGGGACCGGCAUGUGAAGAAUCAGAUGGAGCAGGCGACGGGGCUGGGGCACUGGGAGCUGGUGGGGGUGCGCCUGGAGAGGAUGAACCCGCAGAUUCUCAAGGAGGGCGAGCUCUUCUUUGCUGAACGCCUCAUUCUCCCACUGAAGCAGCGGUGUGGGCGGCCCAGCAGGGCCAUGUGGUCGUACCUGCGCCACCGCAACCUGCUGCCCAAGCCGGGCCUCCCCAUCUACCGCCAUGAGUUCAAGCCAACGUACCGCAGGCGCAAGGGGGAGGAUCUAUCAGCGGGCAGCGACUGGAUCGUGGUGGUGGCGAUGCGCGACGAGUGGAAGCCGCUGGUGCAGACGCUCAAGCUGACACAGCAGCUGCUCAAGUGGCUGCCCCAGGACCGCAUUGUCACGUACCGCGAUGGCUCGCUGCCCUUUGGCAAGCGCAAGGAGCUCUUCAACCGCGCGAGACUGCUGGUGGCGGCGCAUGAUAACGUGCUGGCAGAUAUGGUCUUCAUGCCCGCUGGAGGGGCAGUGGUAGAGAUCAGGCCAGAGGAGGAGGCGGACCCCACGUUCCACCACCUGGCGGACGCGUGCCAGCUGGACUACUACCUGCUCUUCUCAGACGGGCGCAAGGCGGACGGCAAGAAGGGCGGCAAGCCCAAGGUGAAGGACCCCAAGGUGGUGCACAAACUGUUGGAGAAGAUUGCAAGACGGAUACGGAAAGUGUAA